AGCUGAGCGGGCCUCGGGCCGUUCGCCAUGGCCGGCGAGCAGGGGAGGGCCGGACGGUUCCGCGGGGCGGAGGCGCGCACUAGCCUGGCCGCUUUCUUGCUGGGCGGCUCCGUGGUGGCCGCCGUGCCUCUCCUGCUCCGGGCCGGCUUCCAAGGCCGGGCCGCUUUGGCCCUUCACGUCGCCGGCGCCAACGCGACGCUCCUGUUGGCCUGGGGCCGAGCGCCAGGCGGGAUGUACCAGAUCGCGAUCCGGGCCUGUUUCCUGGGCUUUGCGUUCGGAUGCGGCUUGCUGCUCAGCUUCAGGCAGUCUUCCUGGAAACAUUUUGGCUGGUACAUGUGUUCGUUGUCCCUCUUCCAUUACUCAGAAUAUUUGGUCACAGCGGUCAACAACCCCCGUAGCCUGUCUCUGGACUCCUUCCUGCUCAACCACAGCUUUGAGUACAAGAUGGCCGCCCUUUCCUCCUGGGUCGAGUUCACCGUGGAAAAAUUCAUUUUCCCAGAACUGAAGCAGUUGGGCUGGCUGAGCUCCGCUGGGCUGCUGAUGGUCGUGCUGGGCGACUUCCUGCGCAAGGCAGCCAUGCUGACGGCUGGCUCGAAUUUCAACCACAUCGUCCAGAACGAGAAGUCGGCAUCACACCGGCUGGUGACGCAGGGCGUAUACGGCUGGUGCCGGCACCCUUCGUACGUGGGGUGGUUCUCCUGGAGCAUCGGAACUCAGGUGCUUCUCUGCAACCCCGUCUGCCUGAUCGGCUACACCCUGGUUUCCUGGCGUUUUUUCCGCGACCGGGUCGAGGAGGAAGAAAGGGCCCUGAUCCACUUUUUCGGAGAGGAAUAUUUAGCCUAUAAGAGGAAGGUACCCUCUGGACUCCCCUUCAUACGGGGCUUCAGAGUCGGACUUUGAGGCCCGAGUCACCCCGUCACUUAACACGGGCACCGGGGGGCACAGGGGGGGCACAUCCUUCACCAAGCCUGGGGAAAGUCCUCUGAGCACGUGCAGAGGGCUCCAAAAAGUCUAGAGGUUUCUUUUUUUAAAAAAACAACAACCCACCUUUGAUGGAGGAUUUACGGGGCUGCCUAGAGUUCUCCGACAGCCAUAAGUCUAAUUUUCUUUUCUUUUCUUUUUUAAAAAAAGAGAAAAUUUGCCGCUUGGCACUUAUGUGGUGCCCCGAGUUCAAAUUCCCAGCCUGGAUCAAAAGAUUGCGGAGGGAAAAAAAAUUUCCCGCAGACUAUAUUUCCUCCCUCAUCACC